AUGCAGAUUGUAGACACCUUUCCAACAGAUACCAGCCUUCUCGAAGUGGUCCCAUCUACUCAGGAGGAAAACCUUCCUACCGUGGAAGCCAUGGACUUAAUAGCAUCUAAUCCACCCUCCUCAAUAUCCUCAAUAAUUCCUCCUUUAUUAGCUCAGCCCAUUACAGGAAGUGUUUCAGAUAGCUCUACAAGAAUUUGUGGUCCUGAAAAUCACAAAGGGCAAGAACACACUACGAAUGAGGAAAAGCGGUAA